AUGAGGAGGACCCGGAUCCCCGGCACCAGUCGGAAGAGACAAUGCGCGGAGGCAAAGGAGACGUUCGGCGUCCCUGCGCUUAUCUCCAUGCUCGAGGCCACCGCCAUUGGGGCCAGCUCCUCUUACUUCAGCGUCCGCCGCCAGGGACCUGUCGUCCUCCUUCAGCCGAGGCCGCCGCGGGAAUCUUCGUCGCAAGACAACCGCCGAUGCACGCGGCGGAUGCAGUGGUCGACGGGUGAAGUUGCGCGCCUGCCGCGGAGCUCCUCGACAUGUGGUUUGCCCCCGAUAUUUAAUUUGCUCGACGUCACUUCGUGCGGUGGUCUCCGGCAGAAGUCCGGCAUGGACCAAUGCUUGCAGGUCGCUUUGUUCGCCGGCACGGACGCGAUCGCCAGGCGGUCCAAUUUCAUUUUCUCGCCCCUUUCCAUGCGGACCGGGCUCGCGCUGCUCGCCACCGGAACCAACGGCGAGACGCUGCGCCAGCUGCUGACAUUCCUGGGCUCCCAGGACCUCCACCUCCUCAACGCGGCCAGUGCCAGCCUCGUCGCCGAGAUGCGCGCGUGGCCGCAGCUCACCUUUGCCGCCGGCAUCUUCGCGGACAGAUCGUUCUCGCUGAGGCCGGAGUUCGUGUCGGGCGCCGCCUCCGCCCACCGGGCCUCCGUGAGAUCCGUGGACUUUCAGAACCAGCCGGCGGCAGCGGCGGCUGAGGUGAACGCUCUCAUCGCAGAGACCACGCGGGGCCGGAUACGCGACCUCGUCUCCCCCGACUCGUUUAGAGGCGACCCCAAGAUCGUCCUCGCCAACGCCAUGCACUUCAAGGCCACCUGGUCCCGGAGGUUCGACCGCUCGGACACCACCCGCAGCGAGUUCCACCGCCUCGACGGCACGUCCGUGCGGGCGCCGUUCCUCUCCGCCCCCGGGAUGCAGUACGCCACCAGCUUCGACGACCUCGGCUUCAAGGUCCUCCAGUGCUUCUACAAGAUGGCGGGGCGCGACGGCAAGCUGGACCCCAAGGCGCCGCUCUUCUCCAUGCUCAUAUUCCUCCGGCACCGGCGCGACGGGCUCCGGGACCUCCUGCGGCUGGCGGUCACCGAGCCGGACUUCGUCAUGCGCUGCGCUCCCCGGCGCGAGCAGGUGGUCAACCCGUGCCUGCUUCCCAAGUUCAAGUUCUCCUUCCGGUUCGACGCCACGGACGCGCUGCGCGGCCUCGGGCUCGCCGCACCGUUCGACCCGCUGGCCGCCGACCUGUCGGGGGCGGUGUCGAACAUGCCCCCGGAAGGGCUCUACGUGUCGGCCGUCGAGCAGGUGUGCGCCGUGGAGGUGGACGAGGAAGGGACGACGGCGGUAGCAUCGUUUUACGCACCUACGAACCCGACCUAUAGCCCGUUUGAGCGGCCGCCGCCCCCGCCAAUGAGCUUCGUGGCGGACCACCCUUUCUUGUUCGCCAUCAUCGAGUACGGCAAGGGCGAGGUUUUGUUCCUUGGCCACGUCGUGGACCCUUCCAGUUGA